UACACACUGGAUGGUGGAGGUGGAGGCAGGCAGGCACAAGGGACAGUACAAGCAGAUCAGCCUGGAAUACUCUGGAUUCUACUGGGGAGCCCAAUGAUGUGGAGCACACAGCCUGCUGCUUUAUGAACCAAGGGAUGAUCUGAGCACCAUGCACAGAUAAAGAAAUGACAGCUGACAGACCAGACGCUCUCUGAAAAGCUGCCGUGAACAAACAACACACAAUGACCACAGCUGGGCUCGCAGCUCAAGACGUGUCACUGAAGAGUGGCUUUCUUCAUGGUGCACAAGGCCUGAUGUGUGCAAAGUCAUGCUGGGCAAAUCAUAGUGACUAUGAUAACACGUUCUAUGGUAUGGAGUCUUUGCCCUUAACCUACUGUAUGAAAGCCCCAGCUCAACAGCAAAUUUCAUCUUUUGGUCAGAUUUCAAAGCCAUUUAUGGCAAAUGGACACUGUUGCUCUGAAAAUUGCAUGAAGGCUAAAAAAACGAACUUUCUACAUCUUGGCAUGCCCAUUUUAGAACAUUCUACGAACUGUGAAGAUGACCAAGUUGUUCCUUCCUUUAAAAAACUAUCAGUUAAUGGUGGUUCUGGUUCUGAAAGGACCCCUCCUCUGACACCUGUUAAAAAUGGACCACCACCAUCUUAUACCAUUCCUUUUAGUGAUCGGAGCUCGAGGCCUCUUCCGCCACUUCCAAUUUCUGAGGACAGUUCUUUUGAUGAGGCAGAUAGCGAGGUUGAGUUUCUCACAAGUUCUGAUACAGACUUGCUUAUACAAGAUGGAAGACCUUUGGCUUUUAGGUAUGGUGUUCCGAGCAGGCGAAGUUUCCGAGGAUGUGGACAGAUCAACUAUGCAUACUUUGACUCAACAUCUGCCACCAAACCAGCAGAAGGGAGCACACCUUGUCAACAAAACGAACGCAUACAGAACCCUAAACCUCAGAAACCAGAGCAAAACCACCGGAGGCUACGGCGGUCUCAUUCAGGGCCAGCUGGAUCGUAUAAUAAACCUACAAUUCGAGUACAUACAUAUAGAACUUCCCCUAAUUCAGAUGAAGACAAGCCUGUAGUACCACCAAGGAUCCCAAUACCUCCCAGGCCUAUUAAGCCGGAUUACAGAAGGUGGUCAGCUGAGGUUUCCUCAAAUACAUACAGCGAUGAGGAUCGACCUCCUAAGGUGCCACCCAGGGAACCUCUUUCCCGGAGCAACUCUCGAACUCCAAGCCCUAAGAGUCUUCCUUCAUACCUCAAUGGCGUCAUGCCACCAACACAGAGUUUUGCACCUGACCCAGCAUAUGUCAGCACUAAAGCUUUUCAAAGACAGAACAGUGAAGGAUCUGCUAACAAGAUCCCUUGCAUUUUACCCAUUAUAGAAAAUGGGAAGAAGGCUAGUUCGACGCAUUAUUACCUUUUACCAGAGAAGCCACCAUACUUUGACCGAUAUGAGAAAUAUUUUACAGAGUCUAAGGACACUGGCUCUGAGUCUAAAGUGUCAUCUGGGUCUAGUGACAGUAGCUCAUCUUCGUCGUCUCCAAAGGCCGACGUGAAGGCUAAACUGGACAUGAACUAUGCCAAGCAUAAGCACCUCUCUGAUGUAGUUUCUCAGUGUGCUAGUGAAUAGGUCAUUAUCAUACUACAACUUGUUACGCUAAAUAUCAGGACUUUCUUGGUUGGUUUCAAGGCAACACAAGGAGGGGGUAAAAAAAAGAAAGAACUGAAUGCUCAAUAAAAGAACUGAAUAUAUUUUCUUAACAUUUUAAGUGAUCCUUCCCAGUUUCUAUGAAGCAAAAACU